CCAUUAACACCAGAAGAAGAAGAGGAAAACGAAAGUAAAGUCACAACACUGUGAACAACAUCAACAGAGAUACCAAAUAAACAUGUUGCUCUCUGGAUUUGAUCCUUGCGAUGUUCCAGAAAACAUUCACAAUGAUAACCAAAUCUAACACUCGCGGUCAUUUAUGAAUAUUUAAUCCACAAUCCAUCGAUCAGCAAGAGAUUUUGAGAACGACGCGCGCUGACAGACAACAAGAGAAGGAGGAAAAAGAGGACGUUUAUAUAAAAUACUUAUAAAUUCUCUUCGUAGUGGACAAGACUUCAAGAAAGUCCUGCUGAACGAUUGAUUGUUUUCUCAAACCAGUGCUGAUCAGAGGAGCGAGGAAAGGACUCUCUCUCUAAGAUGAGUCUCUCAGAGAAACACAGUGUAAGAUCAGGAUCACAUGUGUCCAGCUCUGUGUCUCUGAAGAGUGACCGGUCAAAAGACAGAGGACCAAACUUCAGUGAGAAAACACCACUAUCUAAUAAAAGUGUAAGAUCAGGCUCACAUGUGUCCAGCUCUGUGUCUCUGAAGAGUGAUCAGUCAAAAGGAAGAGGACCAAACUUCAGUGGGGAAAAACCAUCAUCUAAUAAAAGGCUUCGAUAUGAGACAUUAGACUCAGACGUUCAGACUCACAGGAACCACAAGAAUUUCAAAGACAAUCUCCUGUGGAUCUUCCAGGAUCUUGAGAGUAAAAUAAUCACAUUUCUGAAGAAUGAGCUGGAAAAGUUUAAGAAAAUAUUAGAAAAUGAGAACAAACAAAACUUUGUGAAGGACUUUAAUGAGAAUAGAUGCAGUAUCAAAGCAGCAGCUCUUGAUCUCACACUACAUUACCUGAGAGAGAUGAAGCAAGAUGAAGCUGCUGAUGCUCUAGAAGAUGAGCUGCUCUUCAUUCAUCAGCUAAAAUGUGGCUUAAAAAAGAAGUAUCAAUGUGUGUUUGAAGGAAUGGCGAAGCAUGGUGACUCCAUACUUCUGAAUAACAUCUACACAGAUCUCUAUAUCACUCAGGGUGGCAGUGAACAGGUCAAUACUGAACAUGAGGUCAGACAGAUUGAAGUUGCUUCCAGGCGUCAUGAAUCUCAAGAGAUUCAGGUUAAAUGCACAAAUUUGUUUGAAGCUCCUGAACAAGACGAGGAGAUCCGAACUGUACUGACAAAAGGAGUCGCUGGCAUCGGAAAAUCAGUCUCUGUGCAAAAGUUUGUUCUGGACUGGGCUGAAGGAAAAGAAAAUCAAGAUAUCAGUUUCAUAUUUCCUCUUCCAUUCAGAGAGAUGAACUUAAAGGAGAAAGAAAAACUAAGUUUGAUGGACCUUAUAACUCAUUUUUUCCCUGAGACAAAAGGACUGAACCUUACAAGAAGGAAUCAAUUCAAAGUCCUGUUCAUCCUUGAUGGAUUGGACGAAUGUCGCCUUCCUCUGAAGUUUGAUUGUAAUGAGACGUGGUGUGAUGUAUCGUCACCAGCCUCUCUGGAUGUUCUCCUAACGAACCUCAUGAAGGGAAAUCUGCUUCCUUCUGCUCUCAUCUGGAUCACCACCAGACCAGCAGCUGCCAGUAAGAUUCCUCCUGACUGUAUCGACCGGCUGACAGAGAUACGAGGAUUCAGUGACGCUCAAAAGCAAGAGUACUUCAAAAAAAGAUUCAUGGAUCAGAAUCAGGCCAACAUAAUCAUUGAUCAUGUUAAAAAGUCAAAGAGUCUCUUUAUCAUGUGCCACAUCCCAGUCUUCUGCUGGAUUUCAGCCACUGUUCUCCAGAACAUUCUGGAGGAGAAAAGAGAUAAUGAUGUGAAAAACAAUCAGGCUGAUGAGAUCUCUAAAACACUACAGGAAUCAAAUACUGAAGACACUCCCAAGACUCUGACACAAAUGUACACACACUUUCUCCGCUUUCAGAUCCAGCAGAGCUGCCGAAAGUAUGAUGGAGAAUACGCAGCAGAUGUUUCCUGGGAUAAAGACGCCAUCCUUUCACUGGGGAAACUGGCAUUUCAUCAGCUGGAAAGAAACAACGUGAUCUUCUAUGACACAGACCUGGAAGCCUGUGGUAUUGACGUCUAUAAGGCAUCAGUGUACUCAGGCAUGUGUACCCAGAUCUUUAAGGAGGAAACAGGGAUCAUUCUUGGUACCAUGUACUGCUUUGUUCACUUGAGCAUUCAAGAGUUUUUUGCAGCCCUUUAUGCACAUCUGUUUCUAGACAUCAACAAGAAAAGUGUGUUUGUUCAUGAGUCUACAGAACAGAAAAGCAAAAAUGAAACCAUGAUUGAUUUUCUGAAGACUGCAGUGGACGAGGCGCUCAAGAGUGACAAUGGACACCUGGACCUUUUCCUUCGCUUCCUCCUCGGUCUGUCACUCCAGUCCAAUCGACGACUCUUACGGGGUCUCUUGACACAGCAAGACGGCAAUGACCAGAGCAACAAGGAAAUAGUUCAGUAUGUCAAGCAGAAAUUAGAAGGUAAUCUGUCUGCAGAGAGAUCUAUCAAUCUGUUCUACUGUCUGAAUGAACUGAACGACCAAACUCUGGUGAAGGAGAUUCAGACCCACCUUAGCAAAGGACGUCUCUCAUCUGGUGACCUUUCACCUGCCCAGUGGUCUGCUUUGGUCUUUGUGUUGUUGACAUCAGAGGAAGAGCUAGAGGAGUUUGAGCUUCAGAAAUUCAAGAAAUCAGACGAGUGUCUCAUUAGAUUAUCGGCAGUCAUCAAAACCUCCAGAAGAGCUCUGUUAAAUGACUGUAACUUAACAGACAAAAGCUGUUCAGCUCUGGCUGCAGUUCUUGGAGCAGAUACUAAUCUGAGAGAGCUGAACAUGAACAAUAAUAAUUUGCAGGAUUUAGGAGUGGAGCUGCUCUGCACUGGACUGAAGAAUUUAAACUGUAAAUUGGAGAUACUGAGACUCUCUAACUGCAGUGUAACAGAAGAAGGUUAUAAAGCUCUGGCUUCAGCUCUGAGAUCAAACCCUUCACACCUGAUAGAGCUGGAUCUCACAGGAAAUGAUCCUGGACAAUCAGGAGUGAAGGAGCUCAGUGAUUUACUACAGGAUCCAAACUGUCAACUGAAGACACUGAGGUGAGACGGGAUGAAAUAAUGAACAUUAUUAACAAAAUAUGCAAGCUAACAAAAUAUGGAGGCUAAAUAGUCAUAACAAGUAUAUCAUUUUAGUCAUACAAUAAGUUAGACAAUUUGUUGCAUCAAAAUGAUCAAGAUCAGAUCAGAUGCUGCAGGUUCUGACAUGAUGAUGAUAACCGUCAACACAGUUUAGUUGUGGUUCAAGCUACAGGUCAAAUAGACAUUAUGGGUCAGUAUAUGUGCUAUUCUGGAGCAGUGUUGGGUGUAAUGCGUUACUGUAAUUAAAUUACUUAUCCACUGAAAAAGUGAUUACUGUUCAUUUUUAGGUAAUUUUAAUUACAGUUGCUUAUAAUGUACUUGCGUUACAUACUGUAAAUUAGUUCAAUAGUUCUGUUUAAAUCAAUAUUGAAUUUAAAAUCUAAAUUUGUUGUCUAAAGGUAAAAGUGAACGCUGUCUCUAUUUAGAAUAAUAAGGAGAAGGACAUAGUUUCACUAAUAAUUUGUUUUGCACAAAUCAAUACAUCAUUUUAAUUCUUUUGGAGUUAUUGGAAUACUUCUUUCAUGUUGUGGACAAUUUUAAGAUUUUGGUCUAUUUUUGCUUCCAAGUCUUCUUUUACUGUAAUGGAAAGAAAACUUCCAAAAUACACAUUUAGAUGGUGUUUGUUUUAAGCCUACUACCCUCCGUAUGUUUGCAUCUGUAGAUUUCUUCUAAAUUAACCAAAACAAGCUAAUCUGCAUAUUUAAACACAUUGACCCCCAGUUUCACAUAUGAGGCUUAAACUAGUCCUAGACUAAAAUGCAUGUUUGAGCUGUUUUAACUGAAAGUAACUUGUACUGACAGAUCUUAAAAUAUGUCAGAGCCAUUGUUUUGUGUCAAGAUGCACACCAGUAAUGUUUUUUUCUUGGGUAUGUUUAUAAAACCUACUUAAAUAUCCUAAUUGAACUAAGGCCUAAUCCUGGCUUAGGCUAAGCCCUGUCUGUGAAACUGGGCCCAAGAGUUAUUUUCCCCCUGAAAUGUUACAAGUACAUAAUAUGUAUUAUAACAAAUGCCUGCAGAGGGCGCCAAAAGCCUGGUAAUUGUUGUUGUUACACAGCACGAUCAAAUCCUUGUUUUUGGCCAACCAGCAUAAUUAAAAAUAUAACAUUAGUUAAAU